AUGGCAUCUCAUCCUGCGAUGCUUCUGGACCCCAAAGGCGCCAAAAGACAAGCCCAAAGCAACGGUAAUCAUCACGAGUCCUUUUCCCCAGCGCAUCAUCUUCUCCUUAUGGAUUCUCCCAAUAUUCCCAAUGAAGCACUCAAGAACCCAUCUGAGUUUCUCACUCAUCUUUCUGAUCUUGCUCCGCCUGAUUCAACCGGACUUCUUUCCCCAGGACUCCCUUCCCUUGGUAUAUCCUCAGGUCUUUCUGCUCAUAUGUCUUCUCCUGUUCACUUCUCACCCCCUUCAAUUGAUACGUCAUUCAUGCCCGAAGAAGCCCCGGCGGAGGCCGAGCUUUCUGAAUCUACCAUUUCUCAGCUUGACUCGCAGGUCAUGUCUACAGAAGUCCUCCCCCCAGUCGAGAAUGAUAUCCCCAUUUAUCCCCGGAUGAACCCAGAAGUCAUGUCCGCAAAGCUUCUUGCUUCUGUUGAUCCUCCAGUCAAUUCUACAGAGCCCUCUGGUCCUGCCGUGCCCUUUGUUGAUUCUGCUGCGCAUAUCGAUACUUUGGCCAUGGCUACGAAGAGACCUGGCCCGUUUUUGCACUCAUCUUCUGAUCCGUCUUCCCCUAUUGCUUCACCUACAUUUGUCCCCAUGUCUAAAGACGAACCGGAGUCCCUGGGCUUACUUAUGGAAGGCACAGGAAACCAAAAUGGAAAUCGCUCAAUCCCUGUCUCUCCCAUGGCACCUGCAGGCACUGCAACUGUUUCACGCUUUCGCGAACCAACUUCUCGCAUGUCGGCUGCAGUCAAUUCCGGAAACUCGACUCCGGCCCCACAGCCAUCACCCAGCAUGAUCGUCCAAUUCACUACGACCCAAGACGAAGACGCCAACGAAAGCGACGCAAAACGCAGUUACCACGAAAUAAGUGAUGAAGAAGACAGCUUCGACCGGCGCAAUCUGAUUUCAAAUGUCUACGGCGUGGAGGACCGCAAGAGACAACCCGUGAAGAGGAUCAAGACAGCGAGCGAGCAAGCCAGUGGGGCUAACACACCAGUCUCAAUCUCGGGCGAUAGCGGCCUUGGGAAGUGGAUGAAAGAAGGAGAAGGCAAAAAGACUCCAGUGUCCACAGUAUUUGACGUGGUUGAUUUGACGGCAGAGCUUGCCAGCACACCCAAAAAUGACGAUGAUGACGACGAGAUUCAAUGCACAGGAUCAACGGACCUCAGCACUCAACGUGUCUGCUAUGGCAAACUUGAUGGUGCCAUGAUUCUCACCCAUACAGUCCCCAAACCCGCCGACACAUCAUUCAUCGGCGACGAGAACGCUUGGCCGUCAAUCAGAGUAGAACUGCAGCGACCGCAACGUGUGGCAAAAAGUGACACACAGAUUGAGGUGAUUGACCCUCACGGCCGUAUAUUUGGCAAAAUCGACCCCAAGACGGCCCAGGGGCUGGCUCCGCUACUUGACGACACUGCAAGAACGACAGUUGAUGUCACUGCCCGAAUGAACACUCGGAAAAAAUUACCUAAUGAAGUUGUCUGGGAACGUUCAUCAACCAUCUGUCAUGUAACAAUCAAUGUUUACGGUCAACGACAGAAAGCAGAACCCAUCGGGAAGUUCCUCGCCCACCGUAAUGUCUGGCUAGGAACUCCAAACUCUGUUGAAAAUGGGACUCCAACAUUCAAUCCCCACGCAGAGCUGCGGCGCCAACAAGUCGCUGCUGCUGCUGCUAGUUCCAGCCGUGAGCGCACAGGUCCAACCAUCAGGUACGAAUCUCGGACUGCUGAAGAGGUGAAUGAUGCGGUCACGAAGAUGUUCGACCAGCUCAUCAAAGCGGACAUUCCACUUAUGGAGCCGACUUCUGACGUAUUGACCCCACUGCUUCCCCAUCAGAAGCAGGCCCUUUGGUUCAUGACAGACAAGGAACAGCCGCGCAAAUUUGGCCCUAGGGAGGAGGAUAACAACUCGUUGUGGCGAGAGGUCACUCGACCCGAUGGACGCAAACAAUACAAGGAGAUAAUUAGUGGGAUUGUGAUGGAUCACAAGCCCAAGGAGGCGCUAGGUGGUCUGUUGGCUGACAUGAUGGGCUUGGGAAAGACGUUGAGCAUUCUUUCGCUGAUCACAUCGUCGCUUGAUCAAGCCGAAGACUGGACUGAGAUGGCUCCUAGUCCAGAGCUUGUUCGCGAGUUUCCAGGAAUUCGCAACACAAAGGCGACCCUUCUAGUUGCCCCGCUCAGUGCAGUGAGUAAUUGGACUGCACAGGUCAAGGACCAUUUGAAGAAGCGUGCACUCACUGUGUGUGUCUUCCACGGCCCAUCACGGAUCACAGAUCUGGACGAGCUUGCAGGUCAUGACCUCAUAAUCACCACUUACAGCACGAUUCACAGCGAGAUUUUGGGACGAGGCGCCAAAACUCGGGUCAGUCCCUUGAGCAAAAUGAAUUUUUUCCGCAUUGUUCUGGAUGAAGCGCACACCAUUCGUGAAAGGAAUGCAGCUCAAACUCGAGCUAUCAUCGGCCUCAAUGCUAAUCGUCGCUGGUCGGUUACUGGAACGCCGAUUCAAAACCGCAUGGAUGACCUCUACUCCGUCACCAAUUUCUUGCAGAUUUACCCUUACAAUGAAAGAGCGUGGUUCAGUCAGCACAUUGCCGGUCCAGUCAAGAGUGGCAACCCUUCACUCACCAACCUUCGUGUGAUUGUUGACUCGUUCACCCUGCGUCGGGUGAAAGACAAAAUCAAUUUGCCACCUCGAGAAGAUAACAUAGUCACCUUGAAGUUCACAGAAAAAGAGCAGCAAUUACAUGACUUUUUCAGGAACGAAUCGCAAGUUAUGAUGGACGUGAUUGCCGGCACUGACAAGACCAAAUUGGGUGGCCGCAUGUAUCAUCACGUUCUGAAGGCGAUGAUGAUUCUUCGUCAAGUUAGCGCCCACGGAAAAGAAUUGUUAGACACCUCAGACCGAGAAAGAGCCAAGGGAUUUUCUGCAAACGAUGCAAUUGACUUGGAGGAAGACACUUCGGACGAAACCUCCUCAGCUCAAGACAAACGGGCAUAUGAAAUGUUCCAGCUUAUGCAGCAAGCCUCCCGAACUCGAUGUGGGUAUUGCAACGGAGCUCUCGUUGAAGCAGUCAACUCAGCGGGGGAGGUCAUGAGAAAUGAACCCAUGGCCUUCUUUCUGCCAUGUUGGGAUAUCUUCUGUCCUAGCUGCUUUUCAGGCUGGAAGCCGGCGUUUAAUUCUGGCACUCAAAGCGAGCUCCGAUGCCCGUGUUGCGAUGGCUGGAUUGCCAUGAAUUAUACUUCCAUCACGCCUGCUGGCCUUCAAGCUCACGAGGAGCAACAGACCCUCGAGCGAAAAAUUGGGAAACAAUUUGGGGAAUACGAAGGGCCGCACACUAAGACUAUCGCCCUGGUCAAUUAUCUCAAGGACAGUGUUGAAGACAGCAAGGAGCUGGUAGGCCAGCGUCCCAUUAAAAGUGUUGUUUUCUCUGCCUGGACCUCACACCUGGAUCUCAUCGAAAUUGCCCUGACAAACAACAAUCUUGGCAAGUUUGCCCGACUCGAUGGAACCAUGACCCUUGCGGCGCGCACCAGGGCGCUCGAGAAAUUUGCCACAGAUAACUCCACCACCAUCCUGCUGGCAACCAUCGGUGCCGGUGGUGUGGGCCUGAAUUUGACUUCUGCGUCACGGGUCUUCAUCAUGGAACCACAGUACAACCCAGCUGCUGUGGCCCAGGCAGUUGACCGUGUUCACCGUCUCGGUCAAACUCGUCCCGUUCAGACCUUCCAAUUGGUCAUGAAAAACAGCAUCGAGGAGAAGAUCAUGGAUCUCGCUAAGAAAAAGCAGCUGGAGGCGGAUAUGACUAUGAACCGCCCGAAAAUGGGCAAGCGGGAAGUCCAGGAAGCUCGCAUGCGCGAGUACCGAACUCUGUUCAAGUGA